UUGGUAGGCAGACAGGUGAGCCCGGGCAAUGCCGGGUGCGCUGCGCUGUCAGUCAGUUAGCCGGAGAGCUGCCAGGGCAAGUGAAUCAAACAGUGUGCAAAAACCUCGGCACCCAGUACAUGCUGCUAUAGAAGACUGGAGGAUCUCUGUUGUACUGGAUCAAAAUAUAUACACACAUAUACAUACCACGGCUGCCCUGGAGAGGAGUCGCGGGUGACAGAUCGCAGAGUGAGCAGAGGGAGGACUGGGAGUGGUAAUGCUUGGAUGAGGUCAGUGAGAGCAGCAGCAGCUUCCCACACAGCCUGCCUGCCUGCCUGAGAAGCAGAGCCACUCGCACUGUGAAACAUAGAGGAACCGCACCUCUUAGCCAUGCUGAGCCUGAAGCUUCCCCGGCUCUUCACUAUCAAUCAAGUGCCAAAAGUGUAUCAUGAAGACAGCAUUAUCUUUGGGUAUCGUCACCCAAGGAGCUCAGCCAAAGACUGCAUCAUCAGUGUCUUCCAGCUGACCAAUGAAACACUGAAUAUCUGGACACACUUUCUGCCUACCUGGUACUUCCUGUGGAAUCUGCUGGCCCUGUUGUACACGCUGGACGUGUGGAACGACGCCUUCUCCUGGCCGUUGAUUGCAUUCCUGGUCUCCUGCUGCAUCUACCCCUUCACCUCCAGCUGUGCGCACACCUUCAACACCAUGUCUCCUCGAGCCAGGCAUGUCUGCUUCUUCUUCGACUACGGAGCGCUCAGCCUCUACAGUUUAGGUUCUGCCAUUUCCUACUCUGCGUACGUUAUCCCAGAUCAGUGGAUAAACAGCUCCUUCCACCAUUGCUACGUGCCGAUCGCAGUGUUUAACACCAUCGUUUGCACCGGGCUCGCCUGCUUCUCCAGGCUUGGUAUACCUUUUGUCCAUUAUAACCAUGACGUCGUAGAAAGGUUUCCAGAACUGGAAAGACCGAAGCUGAGUAAAUCCCUUCGCACGCUGGCCUUCGCAUACCCCUACAUGUUCGACAACAUUCCGCUGUUCUACAGGAUAUUCCUGUGCUCCGGAGAGGGCUGCACUGACAACGAGACGAACGCCCUGCACUACAGACACACAGCCCUCGCCUUCCUCACCUGCUUCCUCUUCACUAUGCACCUCCCCGAGAGACUCGCGCCCGGGAGUUUCGACUUCUUUGGGCACAGUCACCAGCUUUUCCAUAUCUGUGCAGUUCUUGGCACGCAUUUCCAGAUGGAAGCUAUAAUGAUGGACAAGACGCUCCGACGUGGCUGGCUCUUGAGCCACGCUCCCGCCACCACUUUCACAGGGACUGUAGCUGCUGUUCUAGCCUGUGUCACAUUAAACCUCUGCAUUAUCCUCGCGUUCUCCUUGGCCACGUGCUGGAAACCAGACUCCUCCAAGAAACUGAGACAAGAAAAGGCCUCUACCACACUAUAUAAUCAAAAAGCUUUAUGAAUGUCUCUUCCAAGAAAGGGACACACAGCAUUUGCACUGCAGGCUCAGGUGCACAAAGGUGCAUUGUUGUAUUAAGCGCACAUUAGAGCAAGCACAUGUUGGUAUUUUUGGUACUGGACAGUAUCUGCCCAAAUGGCUUUGUGCCUUACUAAUUAAUUUGUAUUGAACUGUUGCUUUGUUAGGAAAGUGUUUUACAUUGGAAAAUCACAAUCAAGGCAUUUAUUGAGGUUGUUCUGCUAACCCCCCUACCCAACCCAACCCGCCCCAACCCAACUAGAUGCUUUUGCACUUGUUUUUGUAUCAUCUUUUCCAACUAUUUCUAAAGAUCAUUUUUCUAUUACAUAAUCUUGUAUAGUGUCAAGAAAAAAAAAAACCUGAUUGUUAGCUAAUUGACUGAUUAAACCUUCCUCAACUUUAUCAAUCACUUUUGAUGUAGUUGACAGAUUUAAAUAAUAGAUUUAAAUAAUUUACAUGUGCAGUACCUUCUAUACUGUAUGAUCUGGUAGAAAGUGAACAUCCCACACCCACAGUUACAAGUGAGGAUUCUACUACUGCUCUUCUGCUCCUGGCUCAGUUUUAAUGCUAUUUUCUUACAGAACGUUUUUUUUUUUUUUUUAAAUGUCUCUUGGAUACAAUAAAUGACAAACCAAAAUAUUAAUACUAGUGUUUGGUUGUUUAUCGGCAGCCGCAAAAGGAAUAUGUUACUAUGCCUUCAAUUUGUAAUUCUGUAAUAUUGAAAGACUGCGCACUGGCAAAUUGAGAAGGUACUGUGAUAAUCUUAUCUAUGAACAUGAUGUACAGACACACGCCAGGACUUCACCUUUGUAAACUAAAUAUGACGGGGUUCAAUUGUAAAUGAUGUUUUAAAUAUUUUGAACUGUGUGAGACUUUAAAAAACAGCAAGCGGGACCACAAAUAUUCAGAUUUUAAAUAAUAAAAUAAGUUAAAGCACCUUGCUUUAGGUCCUGGCAGUGCUCUUUGAUCAAGGUGUUUCGCUGGUCAUGGACAUACAUCUUUUGUAACAGGUAUACAGGUGGGCUAUUCGUCUAUAUUUUCAUUGAUGGUGCCAUUAUAUAUAGUGACACUUUGAUUAAAGGCCACUUUGGUACAAAGGCCAGCCUGCUAUAUUUUUAUUUCAAUAUUAGGGUCACACAUUGCUGGUCCCUUGACUGGCCUUAAUAUGGAGGUUUUAGUGCACAUGGAUCCAGAUUCUCUGUGGUUUUAGUGCACAUGGAUCCAGAUUCUCUGUGGUUUUAGUGCACAUG